GUUUGAUGAAAGCACACUUUUAAGACAACAACCACAACCACAACAACAAGAUGGUAUUUAAAGUUAUUCUUUUCUCAACACUUCUGGCAUUUUCCCGUGCUGGUGCUCCAGCUCUCUCGUACGCUGUUGCUCCUGCUGUUUCUUAUGCCGCCGCUCCUGCUAUUUCUUACGCCGCCGCUCCAGCUGUUGCUCCCGUCGCUUACGCCGCCCCCCUUGCGAAAACCGUCGUAGCCGCUCCAUAUGCCCCAGCUCACUACGAUUUUGGUUACGGCGUUAACGACCCUCAUACUGGCGAUAUUAAAAAUCAUCAGGAAUCGCGCCGUGGAGACGUCGUCCAAGGAGCCUACUCUUUAGUUGACUCUGAUGGAACCAGACGUGUUGUCCAAUACACCGCUGAUCCACAUAAUGGUUUUAACGCUGUAGUGCACAAGGAGCCUUUGGCCGUUAAAGCUGUGGCUCCUGGUGUGGCUCCAGUAGCUUAUGCCGCUCCUGUAGCUAAGCUUGCGGCUCCUGCUGUAGCAGCUUAUGCCGCUCCUGCUGGGAUUGCCACCUACGCCGCUCCAACGGUUCAUAGCUACUCUGCGCCAGCGGUAGCUGCAUAUGCAGCUCCUGCAUUUCAUAGCUAUGCCGCUCCUGCAGUAGCUGCUUACUCUGCCCCUGCAGUUCAUAGCUACGGGGCUCCUGCUCUAGCUGCUUACGCUGCUCCUGCAGUUCAAAGCUAUGCUGCUCCUGCUGUAGCUACUUAUGCAGCUCCAGCUGUGCAUGGCUAUGCUGCUCCAGCUCUUCUUCAUUAAUUUUAUAAAAAUCUUUUAUUGUGAUUUUGUAGUCAAUUAAAAAACUGUCCCUAUUUUUAGAGGUACUAAUCCAUUUAUUGCUCAGUUUGUAAUAAAAUAUUUUUUUUUAA